CGGAUGGGAUUCGAGCGAACACUUUCGACGCUGGUACUGGCAAGAAUGUUAGUUCCUGCUCUACACUGGCCGUUUCCUGUAAUCGUGCAGUGUUGUGAGACGGAGAAAGCCAUGUGUGUCGAUGCAAAGGAAAACGGCAACAGUGGAUGUUGUCAUUGAUGGGCGUCUCUGUAGUGGCUUCACAGAAAAGAAAGAAGAUACUUCAAAUAAAUAAGAAAAAGGGAGGGGAGGAAAAGGUAAAGGACUAGCAGGGGAAGCUGGGCAGAUCUAACCCCUCUUCCCCUGAGCCUCACUCCCAACUUUGCCCCAUAUGAAAGCCUGUUUUUCCAGCCCAGGCAAUCCUGAAGCAAAUUGUUUUAGCAGGAACAAGAUUUUUCAGAAGUCAUCUGUGAGGAAAAUAAGUAUUUUCCUAUCAGUCUGACUGAAGUCCACACGGCUAACUGCUGUUCAUUGGUAGUUCAUUCGUGGUCAACUAUCCCACAUUCAAUUUUCUGAGUGGUCUUACGCUCGACAGCUCGCCAACAUGGCUGACCCCAUCAUGGACCUCUUUGACGACACCCCACUCUUCAACCUGGACGCCCUGCCGGAGGAUGCUUUCUCUCACGGCUCCUCAGAUCCGGUCGAGGAGGCGCUGAAGCUGGCCCUGGGCCAGGUGGAUCCUCCCUCAGAUCCUGCGGCCACGGUCCUCAGCGACACCAUGACCACUGUCUCCUCUGUGGCCCCGGCUGUGGCCCCCACCGUCCCAGUCCAAGUUCAUACGCAGCAGCCCAUGCAGGUCUCCCUUACGCAGGCAGUCCCGGUCUCCUACCAGGCCCCCAUUUCCGUUCAGGCAAUGUCUCAGACGCCCCUCACGGUGGUCAGCAGCAGCGGGGCCACCACAGUGUUGAUGAGCUCCCCGCUGUCUGUCUCGGGGGCGCAGACCACCACUCUGCAGCUACAACCCCAGCAGCUCGCUGCAGUCCAGCAGGCGGCGGGCCAGGGUGCCCCCAAGAUAGUCAUCCUCAAGGGUCCCCAGGGCCAGAUGCUGCAGGGGCUAACUGGAUCUGCCGGUUCUCCCUCGGGUAAGGUUACGAUUGCGCGGAUGCUCACUGGGACCCCCCUCAGGCCCGGCAUGUCUAUAGUGUCCGGCGGAACUGUGCUGAACGCGGCGUCCCCUGGACAGGGGCAGGUGAAGCUGAGCACCGGGGUUCAGCGGCUGGUGCAGACGGCCAAUGGGCCAAUGAAGCAGGUGAUACUCACUUCCAUGCCACAGUCGCAGGUACAGACUCAGCCCAUGCAGGUGCAGAUCCAGUCGCAGGGGCAGCUGGGCCAGCAGGUGCAGCAGGUGCAGCUCCAGACACAAGGGCAACUGCAGCAGACGGUGCAAAUGCAGCCGCAGACGCAGGUGACUCUGCAGGCACCCAUGCAGACACAGACGACGGUCACCACGACUGCGGGCACCACGGCUGCAGUACGACCACAGGGGAUCACACUCUCCACGUUGCCUCAGCAGGGCGAGGGCAAGAGGAUCACGCUUGUGCUGCAGCAGCCCUCUCAAGCGGGACAGGCGGGGACUGUGGCCGUGAGUGGAGCAGCCACUGUGACCGGAACCGGAGCGGCGGUGGCGACAGUGGCUGGCACCGGCCAGCAGCAACAGCAGCCCAGGCUGGUGCUGGGGUCCAUGCCGGGGAAGCUGGUACUGCAGGGUGGCCAGCUGGCAGCGCUCACCCAGGCCCGUGCCGGGCAGACAGGGGCACAGCCAAAGGUGCUCACCAUCCAGCUGCAGGUCCAGCAGCAGCCUAACCAGCAGGGAGCCAAGUUUCAGCUCGUCUCCACACCCGGUGGCACCCCCCAGGUGGUCCAGAUCACCCAGGGGCCGGGAGGGCAGAGACUGGCAGUGCCCCUCAAACUGCUGCUACAACCACAGACAAGCGGUGCCUCGUCAGGAGCUGGCACCUUCUCCGUGGUGAAAGUGAUCAACACGUCAGCCGCCGGUGCCUCUACAACCACCACGGUCGCCUCUCCCGGCGUGCGCCUCGCCAAGGCCCAAGAGCCAGUGCGGCGGGUGGAGACCCUGUGCAAGCAGGAGAAAGCCAACCGCAUUGUGGCAGAGGCCAUCGCCCGUGCCAAGGCCCGCGGCGAGCGCAACAUCCCACGUGUGCUCAACCAGGACGAGCUACCCUCUGGGCAAACCUCGGCGGAUGCGGAAGGUGCAAGUGGCAGCGCUGCAGUGGUCAAGAAGAAGGGAGGAGGGGGAGGGGGGAGUAAGAAGAAGAGUCCGGUGGCAGCAGUGGCCGGAGGGAAGGGCGGAGGAGCGGCUGGAGGAGGAGGCGGAGACAAGAAAGGAAAGGCCAAAGCGGGAGGAGCGGUUGGAGGAGUUGCCGGGGUGACCAGUGGAGGAAGCAAGAGCAAAGGCAAAUCUAAACUCAACACCAUUACUCUAGUGGGUGGGAAGAAGAGGAAGAGGAACGGCUCCUCAGACCACUCUGAAGGGGAACUCAGCCCUGCUGCUUCUCCGCGGGCACUGGAGGAUGACAUGCUGCAGACACGACGCUCCAACCGUCAGAUCAAGAGGAAGAAGUACACGGAGGACCUGGACAUCAAGAUCACGGACGAUGAGGACGAUGCAGAUGAGGACGUGGACGUGACCACGCCGGCUGCACCGCCUGUUGCCACCCAUAGCAAGUCCAUGGGUGAGCAGCUCCAGCAGGAGCUGGGAUUGGACGUAGACGGCGUCAACAGCAUGCAGUUCUUUGUGGAGAAUCCCAACGAGGAAGAUGCUGCCAUUGUGGAUAAGGUUUUAUCUAUGAGAUUAACCCAGAAAGAGGUCACUCAAGGCCAGUUGAUCAAUGUGGAGGAGUUCUUUGUCAAGUACAAAAACUACUCCUACUUGCACUGUGAGUGGGCCACUCUUGAACAGCUGGAGAGAGACAAGAGAAUCCACCAGAAGUUGAAGAGAUUCAAGAUCAAACACACCCAGAUGAGGAACCUCUUCCAGGAGGAGGAGGAGCCCUUUAACCCAGACUAUGUGGAGGUGGACCGCAUCUUGGACGAGUCCCACAGUGUGGACAAGGACAACGGAGAGCCGGUGGUGUACUACCUGGUGAAGUGGAUGUCUCUGCCCUAUGAGGAUGCCACCUGGGAGCUGAAGGAGGACGUGGAUGAGACAAAGGUGGGGGACUUCAGGAAGAUCGAGGGCCGGCAGGCCUGUGUUAAGAAAACGCCCCGACCCCCUGCGGCAUCCUGGAAGAAGCUGGAGGAGUACAGAGAGUACCGCAGCGGCAACACUCUGAGAGAGUACCAAUUAGAGGGGGUCAACUGGCUGCUCUUCAACUGGUACAACAGGCAGAACUGUAUCCUGGCAGACGAGAUGGGCCUGGGGAAGACCAUCCAGUCCAUCGCGCUGCUGUCGGAGGUGUACGCGGCCAAUGUGCAGGGCCCCUUCCUCAUCAUCGCCCCUCUCUCCACCAUUACCAACUGGGAGCGCGAGUUCGCCACCUGGACCGACCUGAACGCCAUUGUCUACCACGGCAGCCUGGCCAGCCGACAGAUGAUCCAGCAGUACGAGAUGUACUGCAAGGACGACAAGGCCCAAUUGAUCCCGGGCGCAUACAAGUUUGAUGCGCUGAUCACCACCUUUGAGAUGGUGCUGUCCGACUGCCCCGAGCUACGGGAGAUCUCUUGGAGGUGUGUGAUCAUCGACGAGGCCCACCGCCUGAAAAACAGGAAUUGCAAGCUGCUCGACAGCCUCAAGAUGCUCGAUCUGGAGCAUAAGGUGCUGCUGACAGGUACUCCCCUGCAGAACACUGUGGAGGAGCUCUUCAGUCUGCUGCACUUCCUGGAACCCGCCCAGUUCUCCUCGGAGACGGAGUUUCUGCGUGACUUUGGCGACCUCAAGACAGAGGAACAGGUGCAAAAACUGCAGGCUAUCCUGAAGCCCAUGAUGCUGCGCCGUCUGAAAGAGGACGUGGAGAAGAACUUGGCUCCCAAACAGGAAACCAUCAUCGAGGUGGAGCUGACGGAUGUGCAGAAGAAGUACUACCGUGCCAUCUUGGAGAGGAACUUCAGCUUCCUCAGCCUGGGCGCCACCCACAACAGCAACGUGCCCAACCUACUCAACACCAUGAUGGAGCUGCGCAAGUGCUGCAACCACCCUUACCUUAUCACAGGAGCGGAGGAGAAGAUUGUGGCAGAGCUGAGGGAGGUGUAUGACCCCAUGGCCCAGGACUUCCACCUGCAGGCAUUGGUGCGCUCGGCAGGAAAGCUGGUGCUGCUCGACAAGCUGCUGCCUCGGCUCAAGGCUGGUGGACACAAGGUGCUCAUCUUCUCCCAGAUGGUUCGCUGCCUGGACAUCCUGGAGGACUACCUCAUCAACAAGCGCUACCUGUACGAGCGGAUUGACGGCCGAGUACGGGGAAAUCUGCGUCAGGCUGCCAUCGACCGCUUCAGCAAGCCGGACUCGGACCGAUUUGUGUUCCUACUGUGCACCCGGGCAGGAGGCCUGGGUAUCAACCUCACUGCAGCCGACACCUGUGUUAUCUUUGACUCCGACUGGAACCCUCAGAAUGACUUGCAGGCUCAGGCUCGCUGUCACCGUAUCGGCCAGUCCAAGGCGGUGAAGGUAUACCGGCUGAUCACCAGAAACUCUUACGAGCGGGAGAUGUUGGACAAGGCCAGCCUCAAACUGGGCCUGGACAGGGCUGUGCUGCAGAGCAUGAGUGGUAACAAGGAGGGCACUGUCAAUGGGCAAGUUCAGCAGUUCUCCAAGAAGGAGAUAGAGGACCUGCUGAGGAAAGGUGCGUACGCCGCCAUCAUGGAUGAGAACGACGAGGGCAGCCGCUUCUGCGAGGAGGACAUCGACCAGAUCCUGCAACGGCGCGCCACCACCAUCACCAUUGAGAGCGAGGGCAAAGGCUCCACCUUCUCCAAGGCCAGCUUCGUGGCCUCCGAGGACCGCACGGACAUCCAACUGGAUGACCCCGAGUUCUGGCAGAAGUGGGCCAAGAAAGCGGACAUCGACUAUGACACGAUGAACAGGAAGAACACACUGGUGAUUGACACGCCCCGUGUGAGGAAGCAGACGCGACAGUUCUCUACCCUGAAGGGAGAGAGUGGGGGCGACGCCUCUGAAGUUGACAGCGACGAAGAAUACACCCACAAUUCCCGGCAGGCGCGCUACUCCCGACGCUCUGACCGCCACUCCGGAGGUGGAUACGGGCGCACGGACUGCUUCAGGGUGGAGAAGCACAUGCUGGUGUAUGGAUGGGGGCGCUGGCGUGAUAUCUUGUCCCAUGCGCGCUGCAAGCGCCGGCUGGGCGAGCGGGAUGUGGAGACCAUCUGCAGAGUCAUCCUGGUCUUCUGCCUGCUGCAUUACCGUGGCGACGAGAACAUCAAGAGCUUCAUCUGGGAGCUGAUCACGCCCCCUGAGAACGGCCGUGCUCCUCAUGCACUCCUCAACCACUCCGGCCUGUCCAUCCCAGUGCCUCGUGGCCGUAAAGGGAAGAGGGUGAAGGCCCAGAGCUCUUUCGACGUGCAGAAGGUGGAGUGGAUCCGCAAGUACAACCCAGACACCCUGCUGGUGGACGACAGCUACCGCAAGCACCUCAAACACCAGUGUAACAAGGUGUUGCUGCGGGUGCGUAUGCUGUACUACCUGAGGCAGGAGGUGAUCGGAGACAACGCCGACUCCGUCCUGAAAGGAGCAGAUGCCAGGGACAUCGACAUCUGGAUUCCGGAGAUGGAACAGCAGGAGUACCCAUCUGGCUGGUGGGACUCGGAUGCCGACCGCUCCCUUCUCAUCGGCGUGUUUAAACACGGCUAUGAGAUGUACACCACCAUGCGUGCCGAUCCGUGCCUGUGCUUCCUGGAGCGAUGCGGUCGCCCUGAUGACCAGGCCAUCGAUGCCGAACAGCACUCUGCUGACCCGGAGUUGGGAGAAGGGGGGGACGACGACAAAUAUAAUGAAGACCCAGAGUUCAAGCCCCAGAUGAGACACAAAGACAUGUACGAAGAGGCUGAUUCCAUGAACACUGACGAGAUCUGUGUGGAGGACCGAUCAGCCCCCGUGGCGUCUGAGGGAUCAUCCUCCGGCCAGACGGGCAGCUGCUAUUGGCCGACCAGCUCGUCACUCACAGCCCGUCUGAGACGUCUGAUCACGGCAUACCAGCGCAGCUACCGGCGCGAGCAGCUCAAGAUGGAGGCCGCUGAGAAAGGAGAUAAGAGGCGAAGGAGAUGCGAGCAGGCCAGCAAACUUAAAGAGAUAGCCCGCCAAGAACGCCAGCAAAGGUGGACCCGGCGCGAGGAGUGUGACUUCUACCGAGUGGUGUCCACGUUUGGCGUGGAGCAGAUCAAAAAGGAGGCCGGUGCUGCAGAGGAGGAGGAGGCUGAUAUGGACUGGAACCGCUUCCGCACCUUCGCCCGGCUGGACAAGAAGACGGACGAGAGCCUGACGCGAUACUUCCGCUGCUUCAUGUCCAUGUGCCGCCGGGUGUGCCACCUGAGGCCCGGCCGCGGAGAAGAGCCAUCUGAGAUGUCCCAGUCUCUGGCUCCCAUCACAGAGGAGCGUGCCUCUCGCACCCUCUACCGCAUCAGCCUGCUGCGGCGCCUGCGCGGGCGUGUUAUGACCCACCCCUCCCUGGAGGAGCGGCUGCAGCUGGUCAUGCCCAGCUCCGAGCUACCCGUGUGGUGGAGCUCACCACUCCACGACCGUGAGCUCAUGCUAGGCGCCGCCCGCCACGGCGUCAGCCGCACUGAACACUCCAUCUUCCCUGACCCGGAAUUCUCCUUCCAGCAGGCCCGCCUCGACUACCUCCAAAACCAGCAGGCCUCUGCUACAGUUUCCACCGCCGCAACAGGCUCCGCUGCACCCAGCGGACAAUUGUCCGUCAAAGAGGAAGGGGCUGAAGAGGAGGAGUCCCGCCUGCUGGGGUCCGACGCCCUGUGCCAGUCUGACACCCCUGCUGUGCCCCUGGGCCAGCCUGAGGGCAAAGGGCACGGGCAGGCCGGCUGGGGCUGGAAGAAGAGCCGGGGGAGAGGGCCCCGACGGGGGGGCGGGAAGGGGGGCAACAGAGGUGGGGAGGGAGGGGGUGCGUCUGACUCAGAGUCGGAUUCAGACUCCGACUCGUCCACUUCGUCCAGGCGCUCCGGCAGCUCGGACGAGAGCGGCGACAGCGAUGCAGAGAGAGAGAGGGCUAUGAAAGUGUGUGAUGGGGACGAAGAGAACAGCAUGCUUUCCCUCACCGCGUCACAAGACGGUGCUCCCCCUGAGACAGUCAACGACCCUCUGCGGCUCGACUGGCCGAAGGUAACGCGACAGCCUGCUGAAACUACUCACUUCCAAGACCGCGUGUUAAUAAACCGACUGGAUAGCUUGUGCACACUAGUGCUGACAGGACACUGGCCUGCGGGGCGACGCUACACCUCAGACCCCCAGCUGAACCCCCCCGCAGACGAUCAGGGCGACGAGUUGGGUUACCCGCGCACGGCACGCAGGGGCCCCGGCGCAGCUGCGGGAGAGGGCCCCGAUGGACAAGAUACCGAAUUCACUGUCAAGCUACUUAAGGAAGAGGGGCUGAAGUUGACCUUCUCCAAACAGGCCCUCCUGCCCAAUGGAGAGGGAGGUGGCCGUAGGAAGCGUAAAGAUCACGAGCUGUUAGACACUGAGGGAGCAUCUGUAGAUAUAAUGAGCUUAGGGGAACGAGCCCCACGCAGAAGGGACCUGCCUAACUGGCUGAAGGAGAACCCAGACUACGAGGUGGAGGGAGACAUGCUUGAGCUGUUGGUGAACAGGACCAAACGGAAGAGGAGGAGGAGGAGGACUGAAAAGACAGCCCCACUUACUGGGAGCGAGAGGGUGAAGGUCAUCAACAUGAAAACAGGAAAGAAGUAUACUGGAAUGUUUGGACCUGCACUUCAAGACCUGAGGGAACACCUGGAGGAAAAUCCAGACCAUGCUGUAGCACCAGAAUGGUCGGAAACCGUUCGCAACUCUGGCUUCCUGCCAGAGAGUCUAUUCCACCGGCUGCUCUCACAGCACUCUGUGAUCCCCAAGAAGGGUCAGGCCUACCUCGUGCCCACCCAGCCGGACGAUCCACUUCUUGGGGGAGGUGAAGGCGAGACCCUGGUCUCUGACGGCGCAUACAUGAUGGAGGAGGAGGAUCUGGAGGAGGGCGGUGAGAUGGCUUCCUCCCACCACUUCCUCACACCUUCCUUUGAUGUCAAGAUGGAGGCUGGGAGCCUCGAGAUGGAUGGCGGCGACAGCUUGUCGCAAGGGGGAUAUGAGAGCUCUGACCGGGAGGCCAUUUUAGAUGACGUCAUCAUGGCGUCCAAAAAUUCAGACAGUUCCUCCAGCUCAGAGGAUUGACCAAAUUAUCUCAUUUGAAAGGGUUCCCCUCCCCAGAAAUCAUGACAUUCUUUUCUUUAUAUCAUAUUCCUCCACCUCUUAUUAUAUUAUUUUUGUUAUUGUUAUAACUUUAAAUAUGAUGAAUUAUGAAUGAAUUUUGGGUUUUUUUUUUCUUUUUCUUGACUUUCUACUCCAUACUUUUAUUUAGUUGGGGAAAGAGCAUCAUAUUGUCAGGCAUUAUUCAUGUCCUCACUUUAUACACCUGUCCAACCUCUCCCAGAAGCAGAUAGGUAGUGUAAUGGCUCCCACAACACACACAUACUUUCCUCCUGUGCCCGACAACUUCAAGCCCAUUCCCUGCCCUUCCUGGGGCCAUUGAGCCCUCAUGCUGCCUGGGAAUCACUGUAUAGGCCACCUCGGUGCCUGGUGGACCCAGCCAAGAAGAGGGAGUUUGUUCAUUGGAUGUAUUAUAUUGGGGAGGGGUGGGUAGGGUCUAGUUACUGAUCUGUAGAAAGACAAGUGUAUUGUACAAUGUAGAGUUGUUCGGUUGCCUGCAAUGAUGCAAUUAUGAUGCUGAAUUUAUUCCUGUUUUAUGAAAUGACUUCAACUGUCUGUGAUAUCAAUAUGAAUUACAAUCUACAGUGAAAAAAAACUUGUCUUUUUUUUUUGUGCGCAAUUGUCAAGAUAGAUUCCUCAUUUUGAAUUAAAGAGUUUGUUUGUCAGGGUUUUGCAGAACAUCAUAGUAUUGUGCAAUGGUACAUGUAUUUCUGCAGUGAGUAAGCUGGUCAUUGAAUAUAUUGUAUGUAUACCAGAUUGUUAACAUAAUCAAGUUAAUAUAGUCCAUUCUGGCGCCCUCAAUAGGGACCACUGUUGCUUGACACAGUGCCCUCAUCGGUCCAGAUAAAGUCUAGUCCCUCCAUUUACCUUUCAAAAACCUUCAUGCGGGCCAUUGAUUUGUUUUACAGACGUAAUAUCAUUUGUGUUCAUAAGCGUCAUUUACGAGGUCAUUUUUCGAGAUGAAAGACAAGCUGUAUUAAAGAGUGCCCACAUGAGCCUUGAACUGGUAGAUUAUGUCAUUUCCUGAAGUUUGUGUAACCCGGAAGCGAGCAUAAUAGUGCCGAAGUUGCAAGGCAAACUGGCCGUCAGGUCUGUUGAAGAUGGAGGUAAGACUUAUUAGUAAAGUAAUUACUUGUAAUUGUCAUUAGUAUAUUAUACCACAUAAGUAGCUGAGUUACUGGAAAUUUGAAGAAAAGUUGUACAGGAGAAAUUAGGAAUAAACAACCGGAUUGACACUAGCUACAAUGAACUGUAAAUGCUCCAGUAGUAUUUGUUUAUGCAGAGACUACAGUAAUAGCUGCACAAGUUUAUUGUAAUAACAUUCAUAUACUCGUGGUUGUUGGAGUUUAAUUUGAAUUCUGCGUGUUUGCCCGAUAGUCUCGUUAUUUUACAUAGAGUUUGGUGGCUGGCAUGAAGAUCACUUUUAUAGGUUUAUAAAUAAUAAAAAUGCUUCUUGGUA